UAAAAGAGAGAACUUUCAAUGAACAAUGGCUCUCAAAAGGUAUUUGUCAUUGAAAAACAUAAUCCCAAGCUGCAUCAAACCCCAAUCUUCGGGUCCAAAAGUUCAUGCUUCAAAACAGAGUCUAAGCCAAAGAUUAUCACUCAAUGAGUUUAGCCACCCAGGGUCUUCAUUAUCAUUGAGUGAUCUCUCAAACUCUCUCAUCGGCGUCUACAUCUUCACCCUCAAGGAGCUUGAACUGAUAACUCACAACUUCUCCAAGUGUAAUUUUCUCGGUGAAGGUGGGUUCGGACCUGUUUACAAAGGGUUCAUUGAUGACAACCUCAGGCCUGGGUUAAAAGCUCAGUCUGUUGCGGUCAAGGUGCUUGAUUUGGAUGGCACUCAAGGGCACAGGGAAUGGCUGGCUGAAGUUGUCUUUUUGGGGCAAUUGAAGCACCCUCACCUGGUGAACUUGAUUGGGUAUUGCUAUGAAGAUGAACAUAGGCUUCUGGUUUAUGAAUACAUGGAAAGAGGCAAUUUGGAGAACCAGUUGUUUAAAAGGUAUGGUCCGCCCUUGCCUUGGCUUACAAGAUUGAAAAUUGCUCUUGGAACUGCAAAAGGGCUGGCUUUUCUACAUGAAGAACAGAAGCCUGUGAUUUACAGGGAUUUCAAAACAUCAAACAUCUUAUUAGACUUUGCUUAUAAUGCGAAGGUCUCGGAUUUUGGAUUGGCGACCGACGGUCCAGAAGGCCAAAAAUCUCAUGUUACAACUGCAGUCAUGGGCACGGAAGGUUAUGCUGCUCCUGAAUACAUCUCCACCGGGCAUUUGACGACUAUGAGCGAUGUGUUCAGUUUCGGAGUGGUGCUGUUAGAAUUGUUGACGGGUCGGAAAUCGGUCGAUAAGACUCGACCUGGUCGAGAAAAGAACCUCGUGGAAUGGGCAAGGCCUAUUUUGAAGGACCCUUACAAACUUGAUGCAAUAAUGGACCCUAGACUUGAAGGACAGUACUCAACCGAAGGGGUUAAGAAGGCUGCUGUAUUGGCUUAUCAGUGUCUAAGCAACCACCCCAAGUCUAGACCAACAAUGAGCAAUGUAGUCAAGGCUUUAGAGCCUCUCAUCGACUUAACCGACAUCAUGACCGGACCCUUUGUGUACGUAGUUACGACCGACGGUAAUAGCGCGACCGUCGUUCAGAAGAUCGAACGAGAGAAAAAGCGAUGUGAUGAGUUACGAAUGGUGAAAAAGGACAGUGAGAAGGAAGAAAAGGAGAAAAGACGACUGGCACGCCGAGAAGCUCGACGAAAUCAUGUUCGGGUUAAGCCAUCGAGGUCUCGGGUUGUCUAUUCGGACACUGAUUUGUACAAGGCUUUAGGUUCUAGUUUGUACACUCCCAAGCACUAGAGACAAUCAUUUCAAACAUACUUAUCAGACGCUCAUACUUUGUACAUUUGAAGUUUAUUGUCUAUUUUUUUUAAUUUAAAUUUUUAUAUUUCUUGUCUAUUCGUG